AUGCCGUCGGAGACCGGGGCCGGCAGGGCAGCCGCCGUGGGGGAGGCGGAGGCGGCGGGGGAACCGCUCAAGGAUGACGUCUACACGGGCACCGCGUACGGGGACCUCGAAAAGCUGCACCGCCUCGUCGAGCUGGAGGGCCGGUCAGUGAUGGAGCCCGACGGCCUCAGCUACCACGCGCUCCACUCGGCCGCCCUCAACAAUCGCGUCGCCGCCGCCCAAUACAUCCUCGAGCACGGAGCAGAUGUAAAUGCUAUAGACCAUACAGGGCAAACAACGCAUCACUCGAGUGUAGUGCGUGGUCAUAUUCAAAUUGCAGAACUACUUCUGAAAGAAGGAGCUAAGGUUGACACUGCUGAUUUAUAUGGAUAUCAGACCACACAUGUUGCAGCACGGUAUGCUCAUACAACAUUUCUUUAUCACAUUAUUUCAAAAUGGAAUGAUGAUCCUGAUGUCCCUGACAAUGAUGGCAGAAUUCCUCUUCACUGGGCUGCUUAUAAGGGAUUUGCAGACUCCAUACGUCUCCUUUUGUUUUUAGGCGCUUAUAGGGGGCGGCAAGAUAAAGAAGGUUGUACUCCUUCACAUUGGGCUGCCAUUCGGGGGAAUAUGGAGUCAUGUACUCUGUUAGUUCAGGUUGGUAAGAAGAAGGACCUUAUGGUGCAAGACAAUACUGGGUUAAGUCCGGCCCAACUUGCUGCUGAUAAGAGUCACCGGCAAGUUGCAUUUUACCUUACCACACAUGUUGCAGCACAGUAUGGUCAGACAACAUUUCUUUAUCACAUUAUUUCAAAAUGGAAUGCUGAUCCUGAUGUCCCUGACAAUGAUGGCAGAAGUCCUCUUCACUGGGCUGCUUAUAAGGGAUUUGUAGAUUUUGAAGGAUCGCAGAAGGAGAGAUAUGGCAACUCUAGCAAGCCUUACCUAAACCCGAAUCCAAACAAGUCACCUGAGGUGUGA